AUGUCGAAUGAUGGGCACCCUGGUGGAGGUCCCGAAGUGACGAGUGAUGAUCCACUGGGAAUUAACAAACUUACGAUGGACUUCGACUAUCUCAUGUAUAAAAUUAGCGAUUACGUAGAGUCGAUCCAGCUGCAAACUAACGAGCAUUGCAGUAGGCAGAACCAAUUGAUUGUUGGUGACAUUAUAGAAGAAGUGAUAGACAAGAACAUUGCAGAGUUCCGCGACUUGCUGAAGAAGUGUGACGAUCUGGAAACACAUUUCGAUAUGCUCGAUCAGCUCGCCGUCAUAGCAGCUACUUUCAAAGAACGACUGGCACAAAUAUCGAAGGAUUACAAAACGGUUCCAAGAAGUAAGAAACCAGCAGCAACGUGA